AGGGAUCGCCGGCACAAAGAGCGUGAACGGGACCGGAACAAGAAGGACCGGGACCGGGAGAAGGAUGGGCACCGACGGGACAAGGACAGGAAGCGGUCAAGCUUGUCCCCGAGCAGGGGUAAGGAUUCAAAGUCCCGGAAGGAGCGGGACUCACGGAAAGCAGAGGAAGAGGACGAGAAUGCCCUGAAGAAAGAGAAGGCCCAGCCGCUGUCCUUGGAGGAGCUGCUGGCUAAGAAGAAGGCUGAAGAGGAGGCAGAAGCCAAGCCCAAGUUCCUGUCCAAGGCAGAGCGGGAGGCCGAGGCCUUGCGGCGGCGUCAACAGGAGGUGGAGGAGAGGCAGCGGCUGCUGGAGGAGGAGAGGAAGAAGAGGAAGCAGUUCCAGGAGAUGGGGAGGAAGAUGUUAGAAGACCCCCAGGAGCGUGAGCGCAGGGAGCGCCGUGAGCGCAUGGAGCGGGAGACCAACGGCACAGAGGACGAGGAGGGCAGGCAGAAGAUCCGGGAGGAGAAGGACAAGAGCAAAGAGCUCCACGCCAUCAAGGUAGUGCUGGAGGCCAGGUACAAGGAACGACACCAAGUGCAGCUGCUGGGCCGGGGCUUCAUCGCAGGGAUCGACUUGAAACAGCAGAAACGGGAACAGUCGCGUUUCUAUGGGGACCUGAUGGAGAAGAGGCGGACGCUGGAGGAGAAGGAGCAGGAAGAGGCCCGGCUGCGGAAGCUGCGGAAGAAAGAGGCCAAGCAGCGCUGGGAUGACCGUCACUGGUCACAGAAGAAGCUGGACGAGAUGACAGACAGGGACUGGCGCAUCUUCCGUGAGGACUACAGCAUCACCACCAAGGGGGGCAAGAUCCCCAACCCCAUCCGCUCCUGGAAGGACUCCUCCCUGCCCCCCCACAUCCUGGAGGUCAUCUACAAGUGCGGCUACAAGGAGCCCACCCCCAUCCAGCGCCAGGCGAUCCCCAUCGGCCUGCAAAACCGCGACAUCAUCGGCGUGGCCGAGACCGGCAGUGGUAAAACUGCAGCUUUCCUCAUCCCGCUGCUGGUGUGGAUCACCACCCUGCCCAAGAUCGAUCGGAUUGAGGAGUCAGACCAAGGUCCAUACGCCAUCAUCCUGGCCCCCACCCGAGAGCUGGCCCAGCAGAUCGAGGAGGAAACGAUCAAGUUUGGGAAGCCUCUGGGCAUCCGCACGGUGGCCGUGAUCGGAGGUAUCUCCCGUGAGGACCAAGGCUUCCGCCUUCGCAUGGGCUGCGAGAUCGUCAUCGCCACGCCAGGGCGUCUGAUCGACGUGCUGGAGAACCGGUACCUGGUGCUGAGCCGCUGCACCUACGUGGUGCUGGAUGAAGCGGAUCGCAUGAUCGACAUGGGCUUUGAGCCUGACGUGCAGAAGAUCCUGGAGCACAUGCCCGUCACCAACCAAAAACCUGACACCGACGAGGCCGAGGACCCUGAGAAGAUGUUGGCCAACUUUGAGUCGGGGAAGCACAAGUACAGACAG